UUAUAGAACCGUGCACACAAGCUGGUCUUAGGGUCCAGUCCAGAGCAAAGCGGCAUCAGAAGAAGAACAAAAAGAAGAAAGCCGUACCCCGCGGCGCUGUACAAAUUUGGGCCGUGUCUCCCAGCUUGGCUCAUUCUGCAGCCUGCACUGCACACUCAAAACCGCAUGCAGCAUUCCCUUCCCCUCUGCCUCCACCCCAUCUCCGUCUCUCCUCCGGAUGGCGCCGCAGCAGAAGGUGGUUGUGAAGGUCUCUUCUAUGAGCGACGAGAGGGUGAAGCAGAAAGCCAUGGAAACCGUUGCGGACAUCUAUGGUAUCGAUUCGAUAGCCACGGACCACAAGGAUCAGAAGAUGACGGUGAUAGGUGAUAUGGACAGCGUCGUGAUCGCCAAGAAGCUGAGGAAGUUUGGGAGGAUCGAUAUCCUCUCCGUUGGGCCGGCGAAAGAGGAGAAGAAGGAUGAUAAGAAAGGGGAGAAGAUGUGAUCAAACUUGGUGUUUCUGUUCCAUCGAUAUCUCUCUUGGUCUCAUAUUUGAGGACGAACAUACUGAGUUUCUUGGCUUUUUGCUCUGUACCCUAAGUUCAGUUAUCUGGAUACCUGCAGAUGUAUUUACAUACAGAGUAGUAAAGCAUUCAGAAUUUAACAGGUGAAAUGCUACCUGCAUAAUUGUUCACCAAAAAUGAUCGAAGCCGGGAUACGGGGAUAGGCUUGAAAAUAUCAGGGUUUCCAACUUUGAUAAGUGUUUUUGGCUCAGUUUCUCUUCAAGAUAAAGUACUCACAAAGUGCCUAAAGUGCA